AUGGUAUUGUCUAUAUUUAUAUCACUUUCUUUAUACGUUCUUUCGAUCUCUUCUGGGGCAAAUGCGCUGGCGCAUCCUCCUCAAAAUGUCCUCGCACCGUCACCGCACGACUCCCCCGCGCAGACAGUGCUCGACGAAAUCGACCCAUCGCACGCCAACGUCCCCUCGAACUCGAGUACGCUAAAGAGCCUGCUUCACGCGCUGAAUGUGAUGCAGGAUGGCUAUUUUGAGCUAUGGCGGGGUACGUGGCCGACUAGUAUUGACUGGACGGCUGCGGUUGUCGGGACGCAGGUUUCGGCUACGCUUUCUUCGCUCACUUCGUCGGGGAAUGAUACGGCGUUUGCGAAGCUAUCUGGUGAUGAAGAGCGGGAGUUGAAGGAGACGACGAUGGCGCGGGGUGAGGUGGUGUUGGAGAACAUUGUCAGUCGCUUCUUCGAUCAGACGUCGGCUUUCUACUUUGGUGAAAAUGCUAUUAGCUUGAGGACGCAGGCUAAUGAUGAUAUGCUGUGGGUUGUACUGGGGUGGUUGGAGAGUAUCAAGUUUCAGGUUCUGCAUUCAGAUCUGCGUUACGAGUCCAACUUGACUUCUGACAAGGCGUGGCAUGGCACGCAGCUCCGGGUUCCUGCUGCUCAUCGAGCGCGGAUUUUCUACGAGCUUGCGUCUUUUGGGUGGGAUACUUUUCUGUGUGAUGGUGGCAUGAUCUGGAGUCCGUAUCUGACCCCAUACAAGAAUGCUAUCACGAAUGAGUUGUGGAUAUCAGCGAGUAUCGGGAUGUACCUGUACCACCCGGGAGAUUCGAUUGAUUUUCCAUUCAUGGUGAAUGUGGAUGUAUCGUCGGACGAGUACCCGCACAAUCCAACCCAUCUGGAAGCUGCCAAAAAAGGAUAUGACUGGCUCAAGAAUUCCAAAAUGAUAGGUCCUGGUGGUUUAUAUGCAGACGGGUUUCACAUCAAUGGCUGGCAGAACAUAAAGAAACCAGGUACACGCAAGUGCGACGAGCUCAACACGAUGGUCUACACAUACAACCAGGGAGUGAUUCUCAGUGGGCUAAGGGGGCUUUGGCUGGCCACAGCCUCCUAUGACUAUCUGCGUGAUGGGCACGAGCUUGUGGAAAAGGUUAUCAGGGCCACAGGGUGGGCCGACCAGUCUAGCAGGGAAUGGUCAGGUCUUGGACGCGGCGGCGUCUUGGAGGAAGCGUGCGAUUCGGCCGGUACCUGCACACAGGACGGCCACACGUUCAAGGGAAUAUUCUUCAACCACCUCGCGGAGUUCUGUCGGGCGAUUCGGCCGCAGGAAGAGCGGUUUCUCGCCUAUGCGAACCUGACCUCGGAGAGUGAGUGGAAGAUUGUGUAUGAUCUGCACCAGAGUCGGUGCCGGGGAUAUCGACCCUGGAUCCAACACAAUGCCGAAGCAGCGCUGGUGACCCUGGACAAUGAUGGCAAAUUUGGAGCGUGGUGGGGUCAGCAGUACCCCGCGUCCACCCUGGUCACGGAGAGCAGUCCUCUGCCAGCUGGUGCAGUGGAUUACCGCAACUGUGGCGGGAGAGUCAAGGGGGCAGAAGAGCUGUUCGGGGCACUGCGCAGACGACCUGAGAGCGUGGACAGACGGGGGAGGCAGCCGACGGAAGCACAGUCGGGGACCGAAGGAGCAAGGACGUCUGGGGUAAACCAGAUGGACGUCAAUGAUCGAGGAGGAGGUCGCACAGUGGAGACACAAUCCGGGGGGGUUGCAGUGCUGCGAGCAUUGUACCAGUGGGAGACGACGCCAGCGCUGUGGUAG